CCGCGAUAUUGCAACAGCUGCAUUUGAUAUCGUAUAGAUUAGAGAUUCCGUCCUCACCAUGGCAAAAGCCGACAGAUCGAAGCGCAACAACGCUUCCAGCGGCCCCUACGAGAAGCCCAGCGGAGCAAGCUCAAAAACCAACAAUGUCUUCAAGUUCAACACAAACUUCGGCCAGCACAUUCUGAAAAACCCCGGUGUCUCAGACGCCAUUGUCGAAAAGGCCUUCCUCAAGCCCACGGACACGGUCCUCGAAGUCGGUCCCGGUACCGGUAACUUGACGGUUCGAAUUCUUGAGCGGGCCAAGAAAUGCAUCUGCGUCGAGUUGGAUCCCCGAAUGGCGGCCGAAGUAACCAAGCGAGUGCAAGGAAAGCCGGAGCAGCGAAAACUCGAGGUUCUGCUGGGAGAUGUGAUCAAGACGGAGCUGCCAGCCUUUGACGUGUGCAUCUCAAAUACCCCCUAUCAGAUCUCGAGUCCCCUCGUCUUCAAGCUCCUCUCGCUACCCAACCCCCCUCGAUGCUCCGUCCUCAUGUUCCAGCGCGAAUUUGCCCUCCGCCUGACGGCCCGCCCCGGUGACGCCCUCUACUGCCGCCUCUCCGUCAACGCCCAGUUCUGGGCCAAAAUCACCCACAUCAUGAAGGUCGGCAAGAACAACUUCAGGCCCCCUCCCCAGGUCGAGUCCUCCGUCGUGCGCAUCGAGCCCAAGAUGGGCAAGGACCGGCCCAACGUCAGCUGGGACGAGUGGGACGGCCUGCUCCGCGUCUGCUUCGUCCGCAAGAACAAGACGCUCCGCGCCUCCUGGCUGGGCACGAAGGAGGUUCUCGCCAUGGUUGAGCGCAACUACCGCACCUGGUGUGCCAUGAACGGCGUGCCCAUCGACGAGAGCAUUGUUGAAGGCGGCGCAGACGACGAAGAUGACAACGACAUGGACAUGGACGAAGGCGCCAACGACGCCGAGGACGCCGGCAUGGACGUCGACGACGACGCAGACGAAGACACCCCCAGCUUCUUCAAGGACCUCAAGUCCGCCGGCGCCAACGCCCCCAAGACAAAGAGCAAGCGCAAGAAGACAAAGGUCGCCGAGCUCGUCCGCGAGAAGAUCCGCAAGGUCCUCGAGGACGUGACCGAGCUGGCUGACAAGCGAGCCGGCAAGUGCGACGAAAACGACUUUCUGCGCCUUCUUUUUGCCUUUAACGAGGAGGGCAUUCACUUUUCAUAACCGAAUUCCCGCUUCUUUUGACUUCCUCCUUUAUUUCCUUCCACAUUUUCUCCCUCUCUCUCUGGUUUUACUUGAGCUGUUGCUUCUCCGUUGGCUGGUAUUCACGACAUGUAGUGGUUUUCAGGGGGACACGAGUUUACGAAGAAUUACGUCUUUGUUAGCUAGAAGACAGUUAUUUCAUGAUUCACAAAAAGGUUGGCGAGUGGGGCGUUUCUAGGCGUUGUAUAGCUUUGAAAUGGGCAUCAAAGAAGCAUGACGUUUUUAUCCCAUCACAAUACAUAUAUUAUUUCUCAGGCACUCAAAUAUAGCACUUGUAAGAAAUCAAUUUUUACGAUCAAAGUCUACC